GUUACCUCCGCCUCCGCCUGUAUACACUGACAUUGCCACUCUCUCUCUCCGUCUUUUCUCUUCGGAUCUCUCUCUCUCACUUUCUCACAAUGCAAUCAGCUAUUGCGAUUCCGUUCUCCCAGACAUCGCUUACCAGACCAAACACCGUGCUCGAAUCAACCGGUUCCGUCUUUUCCACGCCGAGGAGUCUCCGGUUCUGCGGACUCCGUCGUGAGGCGUUUGGUUUCUCGACUUCGAAUCAGUUUUCUUUCCGCAGUGAACGAAUUCGAACUCCGAUCAGGAGAUUCGAGGUAUCCGCUGCCGCUUCUUCCGCCGCGGGCAAUGGUGCUCCGCCGAAAUCUUUCGAUUACGAUCUGAUCAUCAUCGGAGCUGGAGUUGGUGGCCACGGAGCUGCGUUGCACGCCGUUGAAAAGGGACUUAAAACUGCCAUCAUUGAAGGAGAUGUUGUUGGAGGGACUUGCGUUAACAGAGGCUGUGUGCCUUCCAAAGCCCUUCUUGCUGUUAGUGGUAGAAUGCGGGAACUUCAGAACGAACAUCACAUGAAGUCAUUUGGUCUGCAGGUUGCAGCUGCUGGGUAUAAUCGACAGGGUGUAGCAGACCAUGCUAAUAACCUGGCUACCAAAAUUCGAAACAAUCUCACCAAUUCAAUGAAGGCACUUGGUGUUGACAUAUUGACUGGAUUUGGCAGUGUUCUGGCCCCACAAAAGGUGAAAUAUGGGAAGGACAAUAUAAUCACUGCAAAAGAUAUAAUUAUUGCCACCGGAUCUGUGCCAUUUGUUCCUAAAGGAAUUGAAGUUGAUGGAAAGACUGUAAUCACCAGUGACCAUGCCUUGAAAUUGGAGUCUGUCCCUGAUUGGAUUGCAAUUGUAGGAAGUGGUUAUAUUGGUCUUGAGUUCAGUGAUGUUUACACAGCACUUGGAAGUGAGGUAACUUUUAUCGAGGCACUGGAUCAGCUAAUGCCUGGAUUUGAUCCUGAGAUCAGUAAGCUAGCUCAGAGGGUUUUGAUAAAUCCUAGAAAGAUUGACUAUCAUACUGGAGUCUUUGCUAGCAAAAUUACUCCCGCGAAGGAUGGGAAACCAGUUAGGAUUGAGCUUAUUGAUGCCAAAACCAAGGAACCUAAGGAUACUUUGGAGGUAGAUGCUGCUCUUAUUGCUACUGGAAGAGCUCCAUUCACCAAUGGUCUUGGCUUGGAAAAUGUCAAUGUUGUGACGCAGAGAGGUUUCAUACCGGUUGAUGAGCGAAUGCGUGUAAUUGAUGGAAAUGGGACUCUGGUUCCAAACUUGUACUGCAUUGGUGAUGCCAAUGGUAAAAUGAUGCUUGCACACGCAGCCAGUGCCCAAGGAAUUUCUGUGGUGGAGCAAGUCAGCGGUAGAGAUCAUGUGCUCAAUCAUCUUAGCAUCCCAGCUGCUUGCUUUACUCAUCCUGAAAUCAGCAUGGUGGGAUUAACAGAGCCUCAAGCGAGAGAAAAAGGUGAGAAGGAAGGGUUUAAAGUUAGUGUUGUUAAGACAAGCUUCAAGGCUAACACAAAGGCCCUAGCUGAAAACGAAGGAGAAGGAAUAGCUAAGAUGAUAUACCGACCUGACAAUGGUGAAAUCCUAGGAGUUCAUAUAUUUGGACUGCAUGCAGCUGACCUUAUCCAUGAAGCAUCCAAUGCGAUUGCUCUAGGAACACGAAUUCAGGACAUAAAGUUGGCGGUUCAUGCGCAUCCAACACUGUCUGAGGUUCUCGACGAACUGUUCAAAGCAGCCAAGGUGGAAAGUCACGUAACUACAAGGACAGUAAGUGAAAAAGUGGCUGUAUAAAAGAAACAAAAAACUUAUUGGGAGGGGCAUCUGUAAUCAUAAAAAAAAAGUAUUUGUUGAAGAAAGAAAAUUUGUGGUUGUACUUUAGGAAGAUUUCAAGAUAAAGGUAAACACGAAUGAGGAUGAUCGAGGAAGACCAAGUAGAAGAAGAGGUGAUGAGAAACAACCGGCAAAUAAAGACUUAAUAGUUAAAUCUACAAGGCCUACUUCUUUCAUUGAGAAUAUUUAUGGUCGUGUCUUGUCUCUGGUUUCACGUAUGUUUGUUUGAUUGUUUUGAAUAGGGGAGAUAGUGCUUUUGAUUUUCGUUUGUUUGUUUGUUUCUGUGGAUGCUAUUGUUUAUUGUGGAUACUUCAAUUCAAGUGAAAAAAAUGUAAUAAAGGAUUUUGGAAGA